AUGACUCAGCACACAGACGGGUGGAAGUUACUAAACGUGACUCAGCAGCUUUUCCUCCACUCUGUGAGCGACAUGAAGACAAAGAGGGAGAUAAAGGAAGUUAAAACAGUUGGUUAUAGUGGAACAGCAGAGGCAAAGAGGGUCCUCACAGAGGAGGUAGAGAAGGAGCUUGCAGACCAUAUCAAGAAGCUGGCUGAACAGUUCCACGGCCUUACUCCAAAGAAAUGCUGUGAACUGGCAUUGGAAUUGGCAGAAAGAACAACCUUCCUGUCCCCAACAACUGGAAAGAGCAGGAUGGAUGGUGAUGGUGAUGGUGAAGCGGGCCCAGUGAGUGGAGGCAGCCAGAGAGAGAAGAAAGACUUAAAGAUGGAUGUGGAGGAUCUGGAGGAACCAGAUUCAGAUUGUGAGGGAUGUAGGACCAAGAGGCUUUACAAGGUGGACUCUGGGCCUGCACUGGCAAGUCCAAGCUCCAUAUUAGAGUACUGGGUGCACAGCAUGGCAGACUGUCCUGUAACCAGGACUAUCAUCACCCCUCCUGCCACUCCAGUAACCCACAGGCCUCAUCCAUUCAUACCUGUUCCUAGUUCAGUUACAGCUAUGGCUUCUACCGUGAGCUCUGUAGUUAACCCCAUGGUGUCCAGCCCCAUGACUGACAUCUGUAAUCCCAUCAGUUCUAUGUGCAACCCCACCAGUUCAGCCUGGGACACUCUCAGAUCCACAUCCAGGAUUCCUGCUUGCUCCGGCCGGGAUCCUGUCAGUGCUGCAGCUCACCUGCACCUGUUGGGAGAAUCCUUGUCCCUGAUUGGACACCAUCUUCAGGAGACAGAUGUGAAAAAUGGUGAGCAUGUCGAGCAGCUUGUCUCUGCUCUUGGACUCUCUGCUGUGCGCCCUGGCUCCUCUACUCUGCCUCACCGCACAGAUACCAGAGCUGAGGAGCAGCACGCAACACACACUGCCAUGAGUGAACACUUGAGCGGGAGCUACUACGGGUCCUCGCCCCCAGAGCUGAGACUCGCUCUUCUGGGAAACAUUGGAUGUGGAAAGACGUCUUCUGGGGACACUAUCCUGGGCCAGCUGUCCCGCGUCUCUCCCAAUGCCUCCAGGAGCUGCCAGCUGCGACAGGGCAUCUCUGAGGGCAGGAGCCUGACUGUGAUGGAGGCGCCGAGAUGGUACUGGACCGGCGGCAAGAUGGAAGACAGUGUCAGGAUGGAGACGCAGCGGGGGAUGACGCUGGUAGCGCCGGGCCCACAUGCUAUUUUGCUGCUGGUGCCUGUUAGCCAAUUCACAGAGAUGGAGGGUCGUGUGCCUGCAGAGCUGGAGGAGGUGUUUGGGGACGAGGUGCUAAAUCACACCAUGGUCUUGCUGACCUGUGGGGACUACUUGAUGGGAAGAACAGCGGAGGAAUACCUGCAGAAAGAACACCCAGGCCUGAGGCAGGUAAUUGAGCGCUGUGGGGGGAGGUACCAUGUCAUCAAUAAUCGUCAGCGGCAGGACAGGGAGCAGGUCCAGGAGCUGCUGGAGAAGGUGGACAAUAUGGUGAAGACAAACGGGGUAUACUACAUGAAAACAGCCCAGGAGAGAGAGCUGGAGAAACGAGUGAGAGACCGAAAGCGAGAACUUAUGGAAAGUUACAGAGCUCAGAAGGAGGAGAGAAUGCACAUCUCAAACACAGAAACACGGAGGAGUAUCGAUAGAGGAGAGGAGUACAGCACCGCCUCAGAGAGGACGAGGAGAGAAGAGAGGGAUGAGGUGGAGGGAAGUGUGGGUGUGAGCCAAAGAUCUAACGGGCUUCAUUCAACUUCAGCUCCAAAGGAACAGUCAUAUUCAGAGCCGCAUGACAACAUGCGGGUGAACAGGCCACCCAGUUUCAGACUAAACGCAGAUGGAGCUGUACUCUCACAAAUGUCUGAGCAAAUGUCUCCGAAAGUGGUCACUACUUUUCACCACAGAAUGAACAGCUUUGAAGAGAAAUCCCCUGAGGCGUCUCCAAAGCCCUCUCCUCAUUCACCCGUCUUCACCUCUUUCACCUCCUCACCAACCUUUGCCUCCUCUUCCUCCUCUUCCACCACUUUCACCUCAUCCUCCUCUCCCACCACUUUCACCUCAUCCUCCUCUCCCACCACUUUCUCUUCAUCCUCCUCUUCCACCACUUUCACCUCAUCCUCCUCUCCCACCACUUUCUCUUCAUCCUCCUCUUCCACCGCUUUCACCUCAUCCACCUCUUCCACUGCUUUCACCUCAUCCACCUCUUUCCCCUCAUCCACCUCUUCCACCGCUUUCCCCUCAUCCACCUCUUCCACCGCUUUCACCUCAUCCACCUCUUUCCCCUCAUCCACCUCUUCCACCGCUUUCCCCUCAUCCUCCUCUCCCACCACUUUCUCUUCAUCCUCCUCUUCCACCACUUUCACCUCAUCCACCUCUUCCAACCCUUUCACCUCAUCCACCUCUUUCCCCUCAUCCACCUCUUCCACCGCUUUCCCCUCAUCCUCCUCUUCCACCGCUUUCACCUCAUCUUCCUCUCCCAAUGCUUUGACCUCAUCCUCCUCUCCCACCGCUUUCCCCUCAUCUUCCUCUCCCACUGCUUUGACCUCAUCCUCCUCUCCCACCGCUUUCCCCUCAUCCUCCUCUCCCACCUCAUCCUUCUCUCCUUCCUCAUUUGCCUCAUCCUCCUCAUCUUCUUCAUCCUCUCCGGAGCUGCGUCUGGUGCUGCUCGGCCGAUCUGGAUCAGGGAAGAGUGCAGUUGGCAACAAGAUACUGGGGCGGGAGGAGUUUGAGUCGCGCCCGGACAGCCUCAUAGCAAUCACUCAGGAGUGUGAGAAAAAGAAAGCACUGGUUGAAGGAAGACAGGUGGCAGUGGUGGAUACACCAAACUGGUUCAAUUCAGAGCAAACUCCAGAUGAGGUGCGAGCUCAGAUCUCCUCCUGUGUUGCUCUGUCCAGUCCCGGUCCACACGCCUUCCUCAUGUGCGUCCCCUUAGACCAGCCAGCAAAGACCGAGCUGCAGGCUCUCGGGGCCCUCGAGACUGUCUUUGGCCCGGAGGCGGUCCAGAAACGCACUCUGCUCGUCUUUACGUACGCAGAUAAACUGAUGGAGAGCGGGAAGGCGGGAAAUGACAGCGUGGAAGAAUACAUCGCUGGUCAGCGGGGGGAUUUGAUAAAGCUCGUAGAGAAAUGCGGAGACAGGUUUCAUGUGAUGGAGACGGCAGGAGGUUGGAGGAACAGGAUGAAUGUGGCAGAGCUGCUAGACAAGGUGGAUCAGACAGUGAAGGAAGGUGGAGGACAGUGUUAUUGCCAUCCUGCUUUUCAGGAGGCGGAGAACAGAGUGAGGGAGAGACAGCUUGAGAUAGCACGGGAGAGGAGGAGGGGAAAACUAGAUGAUGAAAGCAUGGAAGAGUUUAGAGAGCUCAGCUCUGAAAGGCGAGUAAAUUAUCCCUACAUGCAGCCUGUGGCUGAAGCAGAAGAGGAAGUGAGAGAGGACGAGAUUGAGGAAACAAGGGAUGAGGCAGAGAUGAGUGUAAGCACGAUGAACCUUGAGAGCCUUCCUGCUAUGACACGUUCCACCAUAUCCCCUUCACUUCUCCAAUCCAUUAUUGAGAAAAUGCAGUCUGGUGCAAAGAUGUUACCCAAACUGUUGUCAGACGGCUCUGUGUUGGUCGGCGAGGGAGCAAAGAAGGUGAAAGGUAGUCCGGUGUGGGGGCAAGUCGGCAGCAAAGCACAAAACGUCCAGAAGAUGGUGGCUGAUAGUUCUGUAUGGGGGAAGGUGGGAUCUGGUGCGGGACAUGUGUCCAAACUAGUAGGAGAUAAGGUGGGAGCCGGUGCUGGACAUGUGUCCAAACUAGUAGGAGAUAGAGCUCCCAAGUCAGUGGUGGAUGGUUCUGCAUGGGUUGGAUCUGGAGCAAAGUCAGUAGCAGCUAGUCCCAUGUGGGGAAAAGUCGGUUCAGGUGCGAAAUCAGGGGCCAUGCUAGUAGCAGACAGGUCCAUGCGUGUCGGAGCUGGAAUCGGAGCCGGGGCAAAGAAUUUGGCACAGAGUCCUAUGUGGGGAAAAGUAGGAUCUGGAGCCAAAUCUGGAGCCAAACUGAUGGCUGAAAGCUCAGUGCGAGUUGGAGCUGGAAUCGGUGCCGGAGCAAAGAAGGUGGCGCAGAGUCCAGUGUGGGGGAAGGUGGGAUCAGGGGCCAAAGCAGGCGCCAAAAUGGUGGCAGACAGCUCAGUGUGGGAGAAAAUUGCAACCAAUGCUAAAAAGGUGCCCAUGGUGGUCAUAGGGGGCGCAUUGCUGGGUCUGGUGCUCGGCGUGGUGUUGGGGGGUGUGAUCGGCGGAGCUGUCGGGGCAGCUGCUGGGUCUGCGGUAACUGAGGUGGGCAGACGAAAAUUUGGCAAGAAAAACACGUUAGAAAAGACAGAUGAAGCUGCAAAGAAUGUGCAGAGAGCAGUGAACGACGGCAUAGACUCUGUCAUUAAACAAGGAGAUAAAAUACUGAAAACUGAAUGAACACCUGAACAGAUCAUGUAUAUAAGAUGUAUAACAAAUGUAAAAACAUUUAGUUGUGAAUUAGUUCUAUCAGAGUGUAUAAUUCAAAAACGGUGGCAGAUGUGUUUUUCAUUUUUAUUAAGACAGAUUGACGAUCUUUAAAACACUUUUCUAUUAGCCUUUCUUUCUUUCUUUCUUUCUUUCUUUCUUUCUAAUAGAAAAUAGACGACAAGUUAAAGGAUUAAUUUCAAAAUACUUCUGUCAAAUUGUAUUAACUAUUUUGUAAACCGAUGCCUUGAGAUGUUUCCAAACAUCAAUAUUAUUCCAUUAUUUGCUUAAGUUUCAUUGCAGCAGCUAAUGAAUGAGGAUGGGUGUGACUUUUUUAUGGUGAACACUAAAUGAUAUGUUCUAGCAAUAUAUACUGUAUGAUAUAGAUGAUAUGAUAUUGCCUUAUAUACUGUUUGCAAGAUUUGUCAAAUUCUCUAAGAAAAUAAAAAUGCACUUUUUAGCCUA